UCGAGCGUUUGGGGAGGUCCCGAGGAGGGGCGUCGGCUGGGCGCUCCUCAGGGCCGGGCUGCUUUUCAGCCUCCGAGACGCGUUGGCGCCGCCUCUUCGCUCCCCUCCUGUGGCUCCGCUGGGAGUCCCAAGGGAGUCAGUCCGCCUUUGGGCUCUCUCUCUCUCUUGAGGGCGGGGCGCUGGUUUUAAUGUUUCCCACCUACCGUGUGUGGGACCUUCUUAGUGCUUGAAGGGCAGGAGGAGGGAGGUUUGUUCCUUUUUAAAGGGGAUUCAAAAUGACAAAGAAGAGAAAACAUCAAGAAGAUUUUCAUAAGGUGAAGCUAAAAGUUGGGAAAAAGAAGCCCAAGCUAGAAAAUGCAACUGAUACCAACUUUAAAACAAGAUCCAUACAUCUUCCUGAACAGCUUAAACAGGAUAGAACGCUUCCAACAAAUAACAGAAAACUUAAUAUAAAGGAUUUGCUUUCACAAAUGAACCACUAUAGUGCAGGAGUUAAACAGAAUGCACUUUUUGGACUCAGAGAUCUGCUGUCCCAAUAUCCAUAUGUAAUUGAUGCACACCUUUCAAAUAUACUGAGUGAGCUGGCAGCUGUAUUUACAGACAAGGAUUCUAGUGUACGUUCAGCAGCAAUCUUCCUGCUCCAGUUCUUAGCUCCAAAAAUAAGAGCAGAGCAUAUUUCUCCAUUUUUCCCUUUAAUAAGUGCCCAUCUCUCCAGUGCCAUGACUCACAUCAAUGAAGGAAUUCAGGAAGAUUCAUUAAAGGUACUUGAUAUUUUGUUGGCAGAAUACCCUGCUCUCCUGAUGGAUCGCAGUAGUGUACUGCUGAAUAAUUUUGUGGAGCUUAUUUCUCAUCAGCAACUAUCAAAACAAUUGAAAAACAAAGAGAAAAUGUGCUGGAUGUUGUCUGUUAAUCCUAAUCGUAGAGUAACUUCCCAACAGUGGAGGCUGAACGUACUUAUCAGGCUCCGAAAGUUCCUCCAAGUGUUGGUGGAAGGAACUAGUGAAUUAGAAACGGACAGUGAAGGACUACAUGUACAAAAUGACAGUCCCGAAGUUCAGAGGAGCGCUUUACAUGUUAUCUGGCAGGAACAUGCAAAUGGCCGAAAACCCAUCCAGAUGUAUGAAAAUGGUGGUGUGCAUAUGAGAACUGAUUCCUCAUUCAGGCUGAGGUCUCUGAUUAGUAUGUCCAACAGUGUUGAACAAGGCCUGUCAUCCACUGACAGUCUAAAAAGAUUUAUUCAAAUAAUAAUUCCAUUGUUGCUUGAUUGUUGGAUUGAAGCGUCCCCUGCACAACUUACAGCUCCCAUUAUUGGAAAUCUUCUGGAACCUGGAUCUCAGCAAGUUAUGGAGCAGGUACUUAGUAUUAUCCACCUGUUGUGGAAGCUUGCAAAGCAAAUGGAAGAUCCACAUGAACUGGAAGUAUGGCUUCGAGCAAAUUACCUGACUGAUUUCAGGCGCCAUUUCAUGUGUCAUUUUCCUUAUACUUUCCAAGAAACAAUUAAGCAUAGAAAGAAAGAUUCCCUGAAAAGCAGCAAGUGUUACGUGCCAUCUUCAAACAGUAUUGACCCUCUUGUAUUGAAUUUAACCUUGUGUGAAAUAAUGGUUUCACUGGCAAGCGCUUCAACACUUCAGAUGGAUUCUCACUGGCUAGAUAUGAUUAGAACCUUUGUGACAGAGACUCUUCAAGAAAGUUGCAAGUUGAACAGUAAGCAGUUGGACAAAUUGCUCAGAGUGGCAUGGAGACUUGUACAGAUACAAGUAAACAAAGGUUCAACAGAGAUUCUCAUGAAAGCAGUAUAUUCAUUGUACCAGCAAAGAAAUCUUCCCUUCCCUGUUCGCACAUUGCUUCUACAUUUUUUUAGCAGAGCGUAUCAAAAGGAAGAGUCGAAUCCACAUGCAACCAGAAGCAGAAGUAAAGUAUUAAUUCGUUGGCUAGCUGGUCUGCCUCAACAACUUGUUCUACUUGGCUUGAGAAACCCUGAGCUUUCAGACCAGUUGAUAAGUACUAUUUAUUCUGCUGCAUCUCGGUCAAACAAAGAAAUUCUCCAGAGUUUACAAGCUGCUGCUCCUCGGAUUUAUGACCCACUAGAUGGCACUGUGGUUCUUCUGCCAGCAGAAUCUCAGCAACGUUUAGUCCAGCUAGUCUACUUUUUGCCUCAUUUGUCAGGCAAUCUGCUUUCCUCGCUCAGUCGCUGCUGCAUUAUGGGAAAACUUUCUGUAAAGUUAUCCACCACUCUUAUUGGGAUACUGCAUAUGAAGUCUGCUUUUGUGGGAUGGAAGUAUCCAGUGCAAAACAGUUCAGUGCCUGACAUGGAUUAUUUCAGCUUCUUGUUUUCAACUCUUACAGGCUUUUCCAAAGAAGAAUUGGCAAACCUUCAGAGUAUUAGAGGAAGACCACACAUUAGCCAAACACAGCUCUCUCCUGUCCAACUCUACUUGACAGAUCUGGACCAGUUUUCGCAUCAUUGGGCUGUGACAGAGGUGGUGAGCCAGUGCCUGUCUACUAUACCUUCACGAAGUCAGUGCAUAGAUAUUAUGCAAACUGGCAUUUGCAAAUACCUGGUAGGAUUGACUGUAAUACCUGAUAGCACUGCUGGAUCUGUUUUGUGUGCCAUUAGUAGGCUUAUGGAUCAAGGGUGCCUCCUUAAUGAACAUCUCUACAAGUUCCUAGCUUCUUUGUGUUACAGUCUUCUUUACCUCCUCUUAACAAUAGAGAGAGAGGAUACAGAACACUUACAGAAGAGGGACAUAUUGUGGGGUUCCUGUAUUUCGGUGCUAACUACAGUACCACGUAUAUUGAGGCUGAUGUUGCAGAGUCUUCAGGUGAACAGAGUUUGUCGUGAAGAACUGCCUGUCCUUGCACAGCUCCUUCGUUUGCUAAUGCAACACGGACAGCUUCGGAACCAUAUGGUGAACAAUGAGUUUCUGGUGAAACAGAUUGUCAAAGAUAUCCUGGCCCUGAAGAGUGGAGAAGCUCAAGAGCAAUGGCUGACAGACCUCCAUUAUUAUUUCAACCUAUAUAUGGCCACACAUCCCCCUGGAUCUGGGGUACCAAACGCAGUAUAUUAAAGAAGACAGUUCCAGUUAGCUGAAAAUGUUUUGUUCCCAUUUUGGUAUGAAUGCAAAAUCGUAGUUUUUGUGGAAAUUAAAUAC